AUGCCGCCACGACUCCCGUUAAGGCCAAUCGCCGGCCGCGCCGCCUCGUUGACCCUGGGCAAACAAUCGACGAUAUCAGCGCGAGAGGUGUGCUUGUUUUGCUCCCUUUCUACAACCUCGAAUCCCUCGCGAACGACCCGUCGCACAGCCGCCAGGAGAGAAGUCGCCAAGCAGCGCCGUCACUUUCAAUCUUCUACGCAUGCAAUCCAUUCUUCAGCGCCGCUGGAGCCCGCGUCUUCGGGGAACCCGAGAUCCGAACUUAUUGAUACCCUGCUCGAGUUGCAAAAGCAUGCCGUAAAUCACGUCAAUCUCUCUCGACUGCAGCUCGCCCUUCAGGGUCUGCGACAGGAACCCGGCCAGGAGCAUGUGCGAGUCGCUAUCCUUGCGCUCGCUGACGGUGCGGAACCCGGAAAGACAGCGAGGGAGCUGCUGAGGCUGCUCCUGGCAGACCCUUUGAGCGACGAGGCGGAGUGGGAGAGGCAAUUGGCGCAGCACGACACCAAGCAGCCGCUCGUCGUGAGAAUCGCACAGGAGAAUGCCGCGGAGCAGGGCACGACGCUGAACAUAUCCAAGACGAACCUGCUUCACGAGCUGGAUAUCUCAUCGCCCUCGCUUAACGGGCACGGCAUCGAGCUGUUGCUGAUGGAGGUGAACCCGUUCUCUCCCGGGUCCGGGGAGCCGGUUAUGCAGGAUCUCGAGGAGUCGGUUUUGGUGCCUACGGUUGACAUUCCCUCCAAUACGGGACGGUACACGCCGGUGACGACUCCGGUGCACAAGGCGUUGGUUGUCUCGGAGGGUAUCAUGGGCGCUGCGUCGGUUGCGUCGCUGCCGUUGACCGAGUAUCGCGAUACGGUCUUCGCUGCCGUCAACUUGCCUAAAUACCCCGUUGAAGAAGGCGAGCAGCUUACCUUUCAGCCCAUUGAUGUGGAAGUCGGCAGCAAGGGACUCGACCGCAUCCGCGAGAACAUUGGCAAUGCGAUGGAGUACGAGCGAUCCUGGUACAAGAGCAAUGUGCCUUCCGUUGUCCAAUGGCUCAAGGCUGGUGUGAAAAACGACGAGAAUAAGGUCACCAAGCCCGUGGUUCGACUUCACAUUGCAUCCUUUUUGCGCAACACGUUAGCGGAGAUUGAGGCCGAGGAGGCGCGUCUGCUGUCUGGCCAAUUCUCAGCGGAAGUUGCUUCGCCUAAAGUUGCACUCAUGAACGAGAGACUGGCGGAGUGGUCGCAGUUCGCGCACGAGGAGCUCCAGCAGCAGCUGGAUCUCGCGUUCGCAGGCAAGCGAUGGCGGAAGCUGGGCUGGUGGAAGCUAUUCUGGCGCGUCGACGACGUCGGGUCUCUUACGACGGACAUGCUCAGCCAGCGCUUCCUCCCGGGGGCAGAGCGGGAGCUUGUCUACCUCGCUGGCCGCAUCGCCGAGUCUGGCGUUGUUCCCGCUGCCGUCGAGUCUCCUAGCUACUCACAGCCUACGUCAACGCUGCAACCAGUUGUGGAAACGAAGACGGUAACCAGUAUCACGAGUCAGAAACCAAAGUGGCCUACGCAUAUCUCAUUUACCCGACGUUAUCUCCAUGAGGAGACGGUUCCUGCGCUCCAGGCCCUCGCGCAGAAGCUAGUCCUUCAGGCCUCUACCACAUCGGCAGUAACAACGGGACUCGCGGGGCUGCUAUACGUCUCGCAGUACGCAUCAACAAUCUACGAGGCGGGCGCCGUGGCGGCUCUCGGUAUCGUCUGGAGUCUACGCAACAUGCAGAAGAAGUGGGAGACGGCCCGGACAUACUGGGAGGGCGAGGUGCGCGAGGAGGGCCGCAAGGCCGUGAGAGGAGUCGAGCAGAGCGUCGCCAACGCGUUGGACGCCCCUCGGGACCAGGACACGCCGGUCGAGGGCGCCGAGGAGCUCCGCAGGGCAAGGGAACUCGUAGAGAAGGCCGAGGAUGCCCUUCAACGGUUGAAGUAG